AUGCCAUCCCCCUUCUCGCCCGCCGAGCUGCGGCUGAUCGCCGUCAUCCUCGACACCGUCUUCCACGCCGAGCCGGCGGGGGCGGAGGGGCUGUCUUCGUACGCCUUCUCGACGCUUCCCGACUUCAGUCUGGCCGAGUUCGCGGCGCACGUCGUCGCCAGUCUGCGGCCGCCGGAGCUGCGCAGGUUCCGUCUCGGCCUGGCCUUGCUCUCCAGCCGGCCCGCCGCCCUCCUGCUCACCGGCCACUACGCCGCCUUCCCCGAGCUCCCCCCCGCCGCCCGCCAGAACGUGCUCGCCGGAUGGCCCGCCUCCUCGCUCGCCCUCAAGCGCGCCCUCUUCUCCGCCUUCGCCGGAUACCAAACCCUGGUCAUCGAGAAGGGCCGCUGGGUGCCCACCGAGCAGAUCACGGGCUCUCUUCAUGGCUUCAACGACAUGCUCGAAGGGAACGGCCAGAUCAGCACCUCCGACGGCAACCUCAUCCUCCUACUUGGCUCGACGUUUGGAGGGGGCACGACGAUCAACUGGUCGGCCUCGCUUGCGCCGCCCUACCAUGUCCGCAAAGCGUGGGCGGACGAGCACGGCCUGGGCUACUUCGCCUCCCCGGGCUUCGCGGCGGACAUCGAGGCGGUGACGAGCCGGAUGGGCGUCUCCACCACCGCCAUCGUCCACUCUAAAGCUAACCAACUCUUCCACAAAGGCGCAAAGAAACUCGGCAUCCAUGUCGAUCUCAUUCCCCAGAACACGGCGGGAAAGGCACACGACUGCGGGAUGUGUCAGCGAGGAUGUCCGUUUGGAGAGAAACAAGGCGCGGCGCAGACCUGGCUGAAAGACUGUGCCGAGGCGGGCGGGAAGUUCAUGGAGCGAAUGCGGGUGGAGCGGGUGCUGUUCUCGACGGAGCCGGAGCCGGAGCAGAUCCGUACGGAUCCGAAGGAGAGCAGUGCGGAGGGGCGUGGGCGACGAUAUGCGGUGGGCGUGCUGGUGCGCGACGCGACGAGCGGGCGCCGGAUGGUCGUCCGCGCCCGCAAGGCCGUCGUCUGUGCCAGCGGGGCCAUCAACACGCCCGCCCUUCUCCUCCGCAGCGGGCUCACUCUUAACGGGGCCGUCGGGAAGGGAUUGCAUGUCCACCCGGUGACCGCGGUCACCGGAUGGUUCGACGCCCCUGUGCGGCCAUGGGAGGGCAGCAUCAUGACCCUGAUCUCGUGCGAGCUCGAGAACCGCCAGGGCACCCAUUACGGAUGCAAGCUCGAAGUCUUUGCGUCCAACCCGGGCUUCUACGCGGCCCUGUUCGUCCCGUGGCGCUCGAGCGCGUCGCACAAGGCGCACAUGGCCCGGUACGCCCAGAGCUUCACCAUCGUCGUCCUCGCCCGGGACAAAGGCGCGGGCCGGGUCUCCCUGGACCCGGACGACGGCGACCAGCCGCUCGUCGACUACGCCGUCCACCCCUUCGACGCCGACAGUCUGCGCGAUGGCAUCCUCCUCGCCUGCCGCACCCUGCGCGCCGCCGGCGCCAUCGAGAUCGCCUCCACCCUGCCCGCCGUGCCCCACUUUGUCGCCGACGCUCGCCAGGCCCCCGACCACGCCGCCCGUCGCUUCGAGAAAUGGCUGGCCCAGAUCCGCGCCGCGGGCGUCAAGCCCGGCCACGGCGUCCUCGGCUCCGCCCACCAGAUGAGCUCGUGCAGGAUGGGCUCCAAGCCAUCGGACGGCUCUGUCGUCGACGGCCACGGGAAAGUAUGGGGCCACGAGAAGCUGUGGGUCGCCGACGGCUCGGUGUUGCCGACGGCGACGGGCGUCAAUCCGUCCAUUUCAAUCAUGAGCGUCGCCCAUCACAUCGGCUCCCAGCUCGUCAAGCAUCUGGAUGGCCAGGACCACGCCCGCAACGGGACUGGUGUGACCGCCUCGAAGCUAUGA